GGUGCAGGUUGGAGAAGGCUGGCAUAGGCCAGGUAGGAUGUGUCUUCCUUGACCAAGCAGCUUCUUGAUAUCAUCUCACAGGCCACCCUUCGCCCCAAUGGCCCCCAAGAAGAAAAGCUCCAAAAAGAGCAAGCCGGCGAAGAGAGACACUCCUGUUAAUGUCACCUUAGCCGAAGAUCCUUCUCUUGACAUUGACCAACAUCAUCAACUGGACAGUUUGUUUGAAAACGGUUCUGAUGGCUUCCUUUGCACUGCCACGGAAGUUACCAAUCCUAGCCAUGGCACCAACAUGCUGAUGGAGAUGAGCUCCCUGCAGCAGGAGCGCUUCCUUUGCGAUCUCACAAUUGCUACCAAAACCAAAUCGUUCAGAGUUCAUAAACUGGUGAUGUCCUCCUGCAGUGAAUAUUUCAAAAACCAGCUGAAAAAGGACCCCAACCUUCAGCAAGUGGUCCUCGGUGACAUCUCCUCCUUGGGCCUGGCCACCAUCAUCUCCUACGCGUACACGGGAAAGUUGAGUCUUUCCCUGUACACCAUCGGCAGCACCAUUUCCACUGCCAGCCACCUGCAGAUGUAUGCGCUGCUCAACAUGUGCUCGGAUUUCCUCAUCCAGGAGAUGAAUGUGGAAAACUGGAUGUAUAUUGCCAAUAUGGCAGACACAUACAAUCUCGGUCGGAUUAAAGAUGCUGCCAGGAGGUUCAUCCGGGAACAUUUCCUAGAGUUCUCGGAUACCGAGCAGUUUUUGAAACUCACCUUUGAACAUUUGAACGAAUUGCUGAUGGAUGACAAUCUGGAGUUCCCUAGUGAGGUGACGGUCUUCCAGAUUGCCAUGAAAUGGCUUGAGUUUGAUGCCAAGAGGAUCAAGUAUGGGGCAGAUCUCCUGAAGAACGUGCGGUUCGGCACAAUCCCGGCUCAUGACUUGAUCAAUUAUGUCCAACCUGUUCCAUGUAUGAUGCAGAACCCAGAAUGUCACAGACUUCUGGUAGAUGCCAUGAAUUACCAUUUGCUUCCUUAUCAGCAAAAUGAGCUUCAGUCCCGAAGAACCAAAAUUCGAGGAAGCCAGAAGGUGCUGUUGACAGUUGGUGGCCGGCCAUGUUCUGCGGAGAAGGCCCUCAGCAAAGAUGUGAGCUACAGAGAUCAAGAAGGGAACUGGAAUAAGCUGACGGAGAUGCCCACCAAAUGCUUCAACCAAUGUGUUGCCGUCAUGGACAGCUUCCUUUAUGUGGCAGGCGGUGAAGAUCAAAACGACGCCCGGAACCAAGCAAAACAUGCCAUUAGCAAUUUAUGCAGGUACGAUCCACGGUUCGGCACUUGGCUACACUUGGCUAACAUGACCCACAAAAGGACUCACUUCAGCCUCAGUGCUUUCAAUGGGCACCUCUAUGCCGUCGGAGGCCGCAACGCAAAAGGCACCUUGGUCUCUAUCGAAUGCUACAUCCCUUCGGCCAACAGCUGGCAACCCAAAGCCAACAUGGAGCUGCCACGCUGCUGCCAUGCCAGCGUGGUCAUCGACGGGAAGAUCUUGCUGACCGGUGGCUAUGUGAACAAUGCUUACUCCCGGACCGUCUGCAGCUACGACCCUACCCUGGAUUCUUGGCGGGACUGUAGCUGGCUGAGCAGCCCUCGAGGUUGGCACUGUGCUGCCACGUUGGCCAACCGGGCCUAUGUUCUGGGGGGUAGCCAGCUGGGCCCCCGUGGGGAGAGGGUCGACGUCAUUCCAGUGGAGUGCUAUAACCCCUCCACUAACCAGUGGAGCUUCAUGGCUCCCUUGACCACCGGCCUGAGCAUGGCAGGGGUGGCUACUCUCAGCGGGCAAAUCCUCCUCGUUGGGGGAUGGAACGAAAGUGGGAAAAAAUACCAGAAGACGAUUCAUGCCUUCAACCCCGAUCUGAACGAAUGGACCGAGGAAGGGGAGCUUUUGGAAGGCACCGUGGGGGUGUCCUGCUGCACCAUUGCUCUUCCUCAUGCGAACACCCGGAGCUCCAGAGCUAGUUCGGUGGCCUCGGCCUCUGUGAGCAUGUAAACGGAGCUGGAUGAGAUGGAAAUUUGGGUUCUGGUGGCUUGCAGAAUCAGGGAGCUUCACAGGAAAGGUUGAGUUUGCUGAAGAGAGUUCUCAUUGCACAGGUUGUUGUGAGUUUGUGGUUCAUGUCCCAAUAAUAACACAUUUUUUGAUGCUCGGAUUUACCUGUAGACCUUUUCACAUAACUCCUUUGGGGAACUGAAAACUCAAACAUGUCCAGACCUGAUUCAUCAGACGUUAAUGUGCUUCAGUUCUGCAAGCGAGCCUCUCUUCCUCAUUAUACAAUCUGAAGUUUUCACCCCCUCCGCCCAAAACUAGACCCUAAUUUUAAAGGAUUGGGAAGCCUUUGGGGGGGGGAGGGGCUGUUUUCAAUGAAUUUGGUGGCCAGUUUUUUGGACCCCUCAGCCCUUAAUUAAAGGUCAGCUACAUUGUGUUUUGUUUGAAGUAGUCUAGUCAUCUAGUACUCUACGAUUCUUCAUAAUGAAUCGUAACCACCACAGGCUGGAAGGGAUCCUGGACAUCUUCUAGUCCAACCCUCUGCUUGUCCAAUCUCUUCUUGAAAACCCUCCAAGCAAUGGAGCACCCACAACUCUUGAGAGGCAAACUGUUCCACUGAUUAAUUGUUCUGUCAGGAAAUUCCUCCUUAGUUCCAGGUUGGUUCUCCCUCAGGUGAGCUUCCACCCAUUGCUUCUUGUCCUGCCCUCAGAUGCUAUGGAAAAUAAAUCCCCCUCUUCCCUGUGGCAGCCAUUCAAGUGUAGGAAGAAAUAUCCUUCUGGGUUCUGCUCAGGGAAAAAGACACUGGAAACAUGGAGACUGCUUGGAAAGAUGGUUUAAUGGAGGACAGGAUCACAUGGCUUGAGUUCCUGAACAGAAAAGGGGCCGAGAUGCUCUGAGUCCCUUAGUUUUAUGCCCUCUCUGGCUUUGAACUUCCUGGGGCCCAGAAAGAGUAUCCUGAUUGGUUGUCAGACUCCCAGGGGGUGGGGGUCUUAGCUAGCCUUGCUGGCUGAUUAAAUCUUCCCAGGUGUCAUGUGGUGAGUUUCGUCCUAGAUGGGUCCCAUUGUCUUGCAGAUGAGGUCCAUUGACAAAGAUUGAGUUUCUGCCUCUGGCCCAUUAACAAAAGGGUGGGGGCAGGAAGGUGGGAGCUGCUGUCUUUAAAAACAUGCUUCUCCAUUUCUCAUACAGGGAAACAUAAUAUUCUGCCUUUUUAAUAUUUCCCAAAAUAUUUCACUCUUCCAGGAAAGGGGUGGGUGCUAACCUCCUACACAAGUAUUGGAAGACUUAUUUUGUCUCCCCUAAGCCUUUUUUAAGCCCAAAUAUCUAGUUCCCUUAGCCGUUUAUCAUCAUGGUCUAGCCUCCAAGCCUCUUAUCAUCUUUGUGGUUUUUCCCUGCACUCUUUUUAGGGCCCGGCGUCUUUCUUGUAUGGAUCAGCUCUCCUGGGAAAUGCUCUAUUCCAUGAAAAAAAUUACCAGUUUGCUCCUUCAUGUGUGUUCACACAACUUCUAAACCCCUCUAGGCAGUUAGGAAUGCACACCACCGUCAUCCCAGUGACGUGGCUCACCGACAUGUUUGCUGCCAAACCUGUUAUCCAGAUAAGAGGUGCUAUUGUUCUGUAUAGCAGGAACCAGAUUUCAACCCUAAAUUUAGCCGUAUCUUUAUUCACCUAGUCUCCUUAACCCGAUCAAGCCACGAGCUUGCAAAUACUUAAGUAUGGUCAGGAUUAGCUUGGUUAAAUUUCUUGCAGUUAGCUCAUUUGGCUAUUUUAUGGAUCAAUGUCAUUUGCAAGCCCAGAAUAGCUGAUUUGGGAUGUUUUGAAUCUCUCGUCGUGUUGACUAGAAAUGACUAAUAUCCUGAAUGAGGUGUUGAAGUAAACCACAAACCACAGAUAAAGAGCUGAAGAAAAUAAAGCUCGGAGUGGAUUCUCAUUAACCAAGCAGAGAAGUUUGA